GGCCUUUGCACGUAUAAUCUGGGACUCGGGAAGAUCCAGAGCUUCUUUUAGGGGGAUUCGGCUCAUUGGGGGGCUUCUGCCAGCUUCUUGUUACGAUUACUGUUCUUGUUCUUCUUCAUCAAUAAAAUUCCUUUGUUUCUUGUUAAUUUUUCUGUUAAUCGUUUGGAUUGCUGGAGAUCUCUGACAUUGGUAUCAGAGCCUCUUCCUUCCUGGAGCGAUGGAAGAAUUCUGGACACCAGAAAUGGAGGAACGACUGACAGAGAUAGAGAGAAAAAUCAAUAGAAAUCAGAAAGAAUUAAAUGCGAAAUUCAAAAAAUGGAAUGCGAAGUACGAGGAAGUGAAAGGGAUGAUGCAGGCUGGCUUUGCGGAGAUUAUAAACCAGAAGACAGAUCGAUCGAGGAAUCGAUCACAUCACUCUACUGCAUCGCCUCACACUUCGCACUAUCAUCAAUGACAUACGCGACCUUCGACUAACUCAGAGACAUCGGAUGAUCGAUCGAGGAACCCUGAAUAUCAUUCAUCGCAGUCGCUCGCCAAGUCGCAGACUGAGUCGCGAAGGAGGACUCCUAGUUCACGUCCAAGAGAGACGCGAUUGAGAGGAGAAUUGUCAUCUUCAUCGACAGUUGAGCACUUGAGCAUGGCUGUUCGCAGAGUUCGUCACAUAGCUUUUCGCGCCGUUCUUCUCAUCACAUAGCUCGUCACCACCGUUCCCAAGAUCGCAAACGGAGUCGCGCACUGUUUCUUCUAGUUCGCAGUCCCUAAAGGUUUCUCUCGGUUCGCAAACUUACUCGACUGCGAUCAAUUCAAGUCCAAAAAAGAUACGAUUGAGAGAAGAAUACCCAUAUCCAUCGCGAAUCGAUUAUCACUAUUCGAUUUCUGCGUCUGAAGUUACUCCUCUGAGUUCACAAGGUUCAUCUGGAAGAGAAGUUUUCAAUCCUCAGAUUUAUUCCCGAGCAUAUUCUUCAUCUCCUAAGGCGGAGAAGUUCACUGAAGGCAAAGAUGAAAGCGAGAAGAAUGCUUCAGUGACCGAUGGACCUGAAGCUGGUGAAAUUGAUCGAGUUUUCCAAUGCAAACCUGUCAAGAAUUUUCAGAAUCUCUUUAGGGAUCUCUUGACUGAUGCACUAACAAAAAUUGACAAGGUCAGGGGGGCUAUUAACAAUUGAUACGUAGUAUUAUUUUUGUAGAUGGAGAAGUAGGUCGUAAAAUGCAGUCUCAUAGGGUAAUUGAUAGUUCAGAGAACAAGAUUCUCUGGAAAAGAUAUGCGCAUUGGAACAAGGGUAACAUGGUUCACCAACUUACUAAUAGAAGAAGGAUGGAGAGAUACAUUAUGGAUGCUGACAAUCAGAGACAAGAAAUUAGGAGUGAAGAUGUGGUGUCAUUUCCGGGUGCCUUAGCAAAACAAAUGUGGAAGAAUGAUCCACAUAUUAAAGCAAUUGAAGGUUCAAUCUGCACUCACACCAUUGCUAAACCUAGGAAGGCAGUUAAGGACAGUUUGAUACUUUAUGCAAAUGGGGACUCCUCUAAGUAUAGGCAAAACCUAAGUACUUAACAAAAAAAGCAUUUUCCAUUGCAUUUUCAAAAGGUAAAACCCAACACCGAAAUAUAUAACUUUAGUUGGCCUUUUUCCUUUCCCUUGUUCCGGGUUCCAAUCAGAUGCUAAACAUCAGUUAAUGUGAAACAGAGGGAGUUUCCUUUCAUUGUUAUGUGCAAUCUCAUUUCUGUUUCUCGUUUGAAUAAUAGGUUCAAACAGAGCUUGAUGCUCUUCAAAGGUGUGCUAAUAAUAAAACCAGACAUCUAAACAAGGAACUUUCAAACAUCCAUGACUGCAGUUGUUCUACUCAAGAAGAAUGGACAAGCUUCGUUGAGGGAACAAAGGUUCAUCACAAAGAGGAUAGUACUAUAUUAGAAACCUGGAGAGGGGGCUUUGAAGAGAGCCUUAGAGGGUGUAUGAGAAUCUCCAAUGCAGUUGCAGAACAAUGGAGGAAGGCUCAAGAGUCACUUAUUAUACAACACACUACAAAUACCAACUCCAUAGACUCCAUUAUUAAGAGUGGAAUAGGAAAGCAUGAAAAGGUCAAUGCUCAACUUUCUGCUUGUGCUUCUACCAUACUUGAAGAAACUGAUCUUGCUAUGAAGAACGUUCUCUCUACCACGGAAUAUUUGCAAGAAAUGGAUAGUGGAGGGAUCCAAAAGAUCAAAACAUGCAUCGAUCCGUGUAUUGCUGAUAUGAAUGGAAUGGAAAUGACUCAUUCGCACAAAAUAUCUGAGAUUGCACUAAAUACAGAAAAGAUUUUGACAGAUGAUUACAAGGUGGAUGAGCAUUUGGAUUCAACUCCAAGAAGAAUAAAAUUCAAUCUGCCUAGCAAAGAAUUCAUAGAAAACCUGAGAACUCCCUCUUUUGAAGAGUUACUUCAGUCAUUCCAGGAUGGUACAAAACUGGAACUGGAGACGUAAAAAUCCUAAAUAUUCUAUAUUUAAUAAUAAUAUUGUUAAUGAUCCCAUUUAUAUACUUAACCCAAUUUGGCAUUUUAUAAACACGUGUUCAUUUAUAAAAAUUAGCAUUAUAACAGUUAUUUGUUUAUGCUUUUGAAAGAGUCCCUGUAUUACACAUCGGUAACAAUUUUAUGUGGUUCGACUUCGCCAAAUUUUCAAUGAAUCAUUUUUGUUCUUUG